AUGACUUUAUAAUUUACUUUUACUGAUUUAGCUAUAAAUGGUGUAAGUCCAGAAGCAACAACUACGCUACGUCGAAAUAUGAAUCCACGUGAUCCUCGUCAACUUUUUGAAAUGCUUCGUUCUAAUCCUGAAAUGCUUCAACAAAUUCGUCGAAAUUCUCCUCAACUAGUCGAUGCAAUUCAACGUGGCGAUUUCAAUAGAUUUAUGGAACAUGUUGCUGCUCAAUCACCUGAAAUGCAACAACGAAUGGAACUUGAUCGACUUGCUAGUCUUGAUCCAUUUGAUCCUGAAGUACAACGACGUAUUCAUGAUAUAAUCAAUAUGCAAAAUGUUCAAGAAAAUAUGGAACAUGCUGUUGAACAUGCACCAGAAGUAUUCGGUCAUGUUGCUAUGCUUUAUAUUAAUUGUAAAGUUAAUGGUCAUGUUGUUAAAGCAUUUGUUGAUUCAGGAGCACAAAUGACAAUAAUGAGUAAAGCAUGUGCAGAACGUUGUGGAAUAAUGCGUCUUGUUGAUCGACGUUUUAGUGGCAUUGCAAAAGGUGUUGGUACACAAAAAAUUCUCGGGCGUAUUCAUCUUGCUCAACUUGAAAUCGAAAAACAUUAUUUUGCAACAUCAUUAUCUGUACUUGAAGAUCAACCAAUGGAUAUGUUAUUAGGACUUGAUAUGCUUCGACGUCAUCAAUGUGUUCUUGAUUUACAUAAAAAUAUUCUUCGAAUUGGAAAUAUUGUUGAGACAAGUUUUCUACCUGAAUCUGAAUUACCAAUACAUGCAAGAUUAUCGGGUAAUACACCAGAUAUUGAAGAUGAUGAGUUCAAUCGACCUGCUGAUAGUCAUCGUGAACCUCCAUCGGAGCAAUCAACGACGGCAACUUCAACACCAUCUCCUUUUCCAGAAGAUACAAUAAGACAUAUAACAAAAAGUGGAUUUACACGAGAACAAGCGAUUGAAGAAUUAAGAUUAACAAAUGGAGAUCCAACUAAAGCACUUGUUUCAUUGAUGACGAAAUCUUUAUCAGUGCCAAAACGAAAACGUUAA